GGAUUAGGACGAAGGAAUGGUAGUAGCUGUUGUAGAAAAUGGCUUAUAGGAACUUGCUUGUAUAUAUUUGUUUUAUUGCUAUUAAUAUUUUUAAUAGUAUUUGUAGUAGUCCCAGUCGUUUUUAAAUAUAGUGUUGGAAUCCAAAGAAGUAUAAUAUUUCCAUCAUGGAUAAUUGAUCCGAAAAACUAUUCAGACAUCGACCAAUUCGGUAUUAAAGGGGUGAAAAACUUUUACGUGAACUUGCAAGAAGAUGAUAACUCGACGAUUAACGCUGAAAACAUUACCUUGGGCGUGUGGCAGAUUUUACCGUAUGAAAUGUUAAGUGAACUCAUAGACAACAGUGACUACAAUUAUGAUGGUAUUUUAACUAAUGGAAACUACAGUGUUCUGUUGUACAUGCACGGAAAUGGACAAGACAGAACUGAUUCAGUAGGAACGUAUGAGGUAUUAAGGAAAUUUUUCCAUAUUUUUGCAGUGGAUUAUAGAGGUUAUGGAGAUUCAACAAAAGCUGAACUAACCGAAGGUAACGUAGUCGACGAUAUAGUGAAAUUCUACAAAUGGUUGCAGCUGCGCACCAACUCGAAAAUAUACGUCUGGGGGCACUCUCUCGGUACUGGAGUCGGAACCCAUUUACUAGCAAAUUUAAAGAACGAAAAUAUAAGCACGACAAAGGGACUGGUCCUGGAAACGCCGUUCACUUCUGUGACGGAUGUAAUGCUGACUCAUCCGAUCAUAAAGAUGUUCUCGUGGCUGCCUUGGUUCAGAUCAACUUUGAUACAACCUAUGAUAGACAACGAUUUUAAUUUCGAUUCAGCAAAACAUAUUUUGGAUGUAGACUGUCCCAUCAUGAUUGUCCACGCCAAAGACGACGAUAUUAUUCCGUAUUCAUUCGCUACGGAGCUUUACAACAUUGCCAUAAAUAACAGAGAUUACUCAUAUCAAGGAAAUGUCACAUACCAUCUUCUUGAGGCACAUGGCUAUAGGCACAUGUUUAUUUAUAAGUCUCCAGAUCUACCAAUAUAUACAGGGAACUUCAUCGAAGAAUGUGAAGAUUUUGAUAAAAAAUUAGAAUAA